UUACUUCGUCCUCUCGUAAGUAAACGUUAUUGGCGAGUGUUAUGGAAGCCGUGUGAAUUUACGUGCGGCUAGUGAUAAUAUCAAAUAUAAUUUAAAAUAAAUAUAUUUGUAUUGAAUGUAUAAUGACUACUUUUGACAAGAGUCCAAUAGCUCGAUGGGCUUAUCCAGUGAUUGUAGGAGGCUUAUGUUUUGGAUCGAUGGCACUUCACAAUUAUCUGGCCAAAAGACCUCUUUAUUCAGGUAUACAUAGACAUAUAAUUAGUGGAAUUUUAGGAGCAGGUGUUGGUGAAGGAUUGAAUCACUAUUUAGAUUAUAAGGCAUCUAGAAGAGAUACAGUUUUAAUACAUUAUAUGGAACUUCAUCCAGAAGAUUUUCAACCAGAAGAAAAGACAUUUUAUAAAGAUGUUUUGCAACCAUGGACACCAAUUCGUUGAGAUUUUGAAAUUAUGUUCAUGUUUGUUUACAUUAGAAAAAAUAAUUGCUAUAAGAAUGGUAGAUGGAAGAUAAGUAGUGUAUAUUAAUUUGAUGCAAAAUAUAAUUAUGUAAAUAGUUAAAUGAGGAAAUAAAAUUUCAAAAAAUUC